AUGUGAUUCACCAAUACAAACAUGGCGGACCAUUUCCCAAUGGAAGAGAACUUGCAAAGAGCACUUUCAGCGACAGAGAAUGUAGCCGUAUCUCCCAGUGAGCUGUCUAGAGACUCGGACCAAGACUCAGAGGCUCUACAUGAACCCAUUCAAGAACGUUACGACAACCCAUCACAUGCUCGCUUUCGACGUGUGGCUUCAAAAACAAUUGUAUCGUUUGGGCCAAAUGACCCAGGUAACCCUGUCAACUGGAAAAAUAGUCGCAAAAAUCUGGUACUGGCUGCUGGUGUAAUGCAGGUUAUGAACAGCACCAUUGCUUCAUCGAUCUGUAGCAACGCAAUUCCUCAGAUCGCAGCGGAAUUCAACAUCAAGAAUGAACAAGCUUUAGUGCUGCCCAUCUCCAUUUUUCUGAUCGGAUACAUCCUAGGUCCCCUUCUUUGGGGUCCUAGCUCCGAGUACUUUGGGCGUAGGCGACCUUUGCUUAUCGCAUACUGCGGCUUUAUGAUCUUUAUGCUGGCAUGUGCAGUAGCAAACUCUUAUCCGUCGUUAUUGGUUUUCCGCCUCCUGAAUGGAAUGAUGGCAUCGGCACCGAUCGCCACAGUGGGUGGACUGUUUGCUGAUGUGCAUGAUAACCCGACCAAGAGAGGCCGUCUAAUGGCCUAUUUUAUGGCGUGCACUACUUUUGGACCAGUCGUGGGUCCCUGGGUAUCGGGUUUUGUCGCCGUUGUGAGUUGGAGAUGGUGCUUUUGGAUUGGCCUCAUCUGCUCUGGUGCCUCUUUUCCUUUGAUUGUUCUAAUGCCGGAGACCUAUGGGCCCGUUGUGUUGAAACAACGUGCGAUGAAGUUACGCAAAGACACUGGAAAUUCAAAUAUCGUGUCGCCACUGGAAGUGGAGAGCCGCGAUGUUCGUCAGAUGUUCCUCAUCACCAUCUCCCGACCAUUCCGCAUGAUACUCCAUGAGUCGAUCGUGUCACUGACAUCUCUGUAUCUCGCCCUUGCAUAUGCAAUCUUUUACCUCUACUUUGAGGCAUACCCCAUCAUCUUUCAGGAUUUAUACGGAAUGAGUGCUGGUGUUGCUGGUUUGAUGUUUUUGCCAAUUGGUAUCGGUGCCAUCCUAGCCUGUUUCGUCUUCCUUUGGUAUGACGGCUACCUCGCUCGAGCAAAGGCUCGCAAAGCACCCUGGGCCGAAAUUGAAGAAUACAGGCGACUCCCUCUCGCCUGCCUCGGUGGUCCUUUGUAUGUCAUUUCGCUCUUCUGGGUGGGCUGGACUUCCUCUGAAAAUAUCCAUUGGGUGGUACCAUUCCUCUCUGGAAUCACCUUCGGAAUGGGUUACCUUCUGAUUUUCAUGGCUAUGCUGAAUUAUCUGACCGACGCAUACGAAACACUAUCGGCCAGUGCUCAGUCAGCUGCGAGCUGCACCCGUAGUAUUCUGGGAGCAGUGCUGCCCCUUGCAGCGAAACCCAUGUUCAACCGACUGGGUAUUCACUGGGCAUGUAGCCUCAUUGCCUUUUUGGCCUUGGGCGUGUCUGUUAUCCCAUUUGCCUUCAUCCGCUACGGUGAUCGUAUAAGAGCCAAUAGCAAAUUCUGUCAGGAACUGAAACGCAUCAAGGCAUUGGAACAGCUGGAGCUUGAGCGAGAGAAGAAUCAGCAUUCCGAGGACCAUAAUCUGGAGAAGGUCCCAACGACGCACACUUGUCCGAUAACAAGAGUUGAUACAGCCCGCAGUCAAGCGGACAAGGCCUCCAUCAUAUAUUGA